AGAAGGAGGGGUUUGAAACCAUUUCCUUGAUCGGUUUUUUACCCUGUUAAUGGCGUUUUGAGGGAAGAUUAAGGUCAUUCAUUAAUUCAGUACCGGAUCACAACCACCCAAGUACAUAGAGAAGGAGUUAGUACAACGUAAUCUACGAUAAUGGCGGCUACGGCCACAGUUUCUCCGGGCCCUUCAGGUUCGGGCACACCUGACAGUGGGAAAGGGGGACGCAAGAGGAAAGGCUUCAGCGGCAGAGAUUCUGAUGAUGAUGACAGUCAAUCAGGGGCUUUUCCUCCUUCCCAGGAACAAGCUGACAAGGAAAGAUUUGCCAGGGAAAGUCACUGUGAGAUAGAACGGAGGCGGAGAAACAAGAUGACCUUGUACAUUAACGAGCUGUGUGACAUGGUGCCUACGUGUAGUACUCUGGCGCGCAAACCAGACAAACUCACCAUCCUUCGAAUGGCUGUCUCCCACAUGAAGACCCUUCGAGGCACCGGAAACACAGGGGCAGAUGGAUCCUACAAACCAUCGUUUCUAACAGAUCAAGAACUCAAACAUCUUAUUUUGGAGGCAGCUGAUGGGUUCUUGUUUGUGGUGCAAUGUGACACAGGGCGGGUGAUUUACGUCUCAGACUCCGUCACUCCUGUGCUCAAUCAGUCUCAGUCUGACUGGUUUGGUAAUACACUGUAUGAUUUGGUUCACCCGGAUGACAUAGAGAAAGUCCGUGAACAACUGUCCACCACAGAAUCUCAGAACACAGGACGAAUACUUGAUCUGAAAACUGGAACUGUUAAAAAAGAGGGUCAUCAAUCCUCAAUACGCUUGUGUAUGGGAUCUCGCCGAGGAUUUAUCUGUCGUAUGAAGAUGGGCAACAUCCAGGUGGAUCCUAUGACAGCCAAUCACACAGUGAGAAUCCGCCAAAGGAACACACUGGGUCCGUCCUCGGAUGGCUCACACCAUGCCGUAGUCCAUGUCACAGGGUACAUUAAAAACUGGCCACCAUCAGGUGUGACAAUAGAGCGUAACGAUGGAGACGACUCGCACAGCGGCAGCCACUGCUGCCUAGUGGCGAUUGGUCGGUUACAAGUGACAAGUACCCCAAACUGCAGCGACCUCACAGGACCUAACGGAGCCACAGAAUUCAUCUCACGACACAGUAUUGACGGGAAGUUCACAUUCGUUGAUCAGCGAGUGACUCCUGUACUUGGUUAUCAGCCACAAGAACUUCUGGGUAAAUCAGCAUUUGAGUUUUAUCAUCCUGAGGACCAGGCGCCAAUGAAAGACAGCUUUGAACAAGUGCUAAAAAUGAAAGGUCAGGUGAUGUCAAUCAUGUACCGGUUCCGGGCGUCAAACAGGGAGUGGGUGUGGCUUCGUACAAGCAGCUUCAGUUUUCAGAAUCCUUACACAGAUGAAGUGGAGUAUAUUGUGUGCACAAACACCUCAGCGAAAAGUACACAGCAGGGUGCAGUGGGUGUGCCUUCAGCCACAGAGCAGGCUGGUGACCCUACAGCCAGUCUGAAUGCCUUCCCGGCCCGUCACCUCGGGGCGGAGACGAUGGGCAUGGAAGCAGCGAAGGCAGAUUAUCGCAGCUACCCAGCAGACGUGUACAGUAAGACAGCUAUAGGAUCUAGUCACAUUGCAGCAGCUGAAAUGUACCCGUAUAACUCCGGUCAGUCUGGAAUGAAGUACUCAAGCCAUUCAGCUACAACUCCCGCCUCCUCGGUGCCCCUGCCCCAGUCCAGCACAGGCCCCACCUUACAGGCCUUGUCCCGGAGGAACCAGAGCCCAAGUCAGGCCAGUGCCUGGAGCUACAGCCAAAGACAGGAUUACACCACCUCAUCGGGUUAUGGUCAGCUGAGUCCAAGUAACAGUGCCUCAGCAGGCCCGACUUACACUCAGUUGGGUAGUGGGCAGAGGUUACCUAGUGGCACUCAACCCUCCAACUAUCCCUCCUCUGUAGGCAACCCUAGUCUGUGGCAGCAGUGGCAGACUGACCCCAACCAGCAGACUGUACAACAACAACAACAACAGCAGCAGCAGCAGCAACAAGAAGAGCAGUUUGGGGACAUGUUUAGGAGCAUGCUGGACCAGCCAGCCACCGACUUUAAUGAUAUUACUGGCAUGUUUAACACCUUCACUGAUAACUGAGCCCUCUGCUGAUUGUUUGUGGCUCAAUGCCGACAGGGUUAGGCCUUUGUUCCCACGGCAACCAACCCACUACCGGCACCUGGCAUAAUAAAAAUGCCAAUACGUGUAUCCAUCAAUUUUUUCCACCUGUUCAUAGUCAGGGUGAAAGAUUUCCAAGGGUUGAUGUUAUGGAAAUUUAAUAUCGUUUCCAGAAUUUUAUCCUGAUUUGUAAAUGUUCAUCUGAAGACGACAGAUUGUUCUCAUAAUAUGUAAGACAUAAUUAGCUACAGAAAAUCCUUUCUGCUUAUGUAGCAGUGGAUUGCCUGGUGUAGGUGAAAAGGUUGUGCAGGAAAAACAAGUGCAGUUAUCCAUCCUGCCGAUCCCUUCCAUUUUACCUCGGAGAGCAGAAUUCCGUCAAAGUGGUGUGCGACAUCUGGUUUUUGGUCUGUCUGAUGAAGUACAAUAUACAUGUUGGUAUCCAACGCCCUGUAUAUGUGGAUGUAUGCGUACCCGUUUCAUAUUCGUGGGGUUCAGUGAGUGAAAUGCCUUUCUGAGCUCUUUGGUUGUGCAUGUCAGUAUCAUUUCUGGGUAUUAAAGUUGAAAAUUUUGGUACAUUUACAGUACGAAUGGUAGUUUUGAAUCUGAUUAAAUUUCAUAUAGCUAUGUAUACCUGUAUACAUGAGCGUGACGUCGAUGUGGUUUUUCCAGUUGGAAUGUUACCUGUCUUACUGGAGAGAAGAUAAAAAUAAACAGGAUGUAUUGUUCAUGUGUUAUGUUUUUACAGUAGAGGUUUUGUAUGUUACAUACAAGAAGCCGUGGUAUUUAUAUUGGAUUGUUACUGGUAGAUGUAUUACAAAUACACAGAUACAUUUUACUAUGUUUACUCAUGUAAAUUUCGUAUGCAUCUGGUUUUACAAAUCAUACAUUUGUCACAUUGGACUGUGAAAGUUUGAAUUGGUUUUAUUUCAUUAUAAAUGAACACUGAAUAAUUGACCUGUUGUUACAAUCCUGAAUUUGUAUAGCUGCUGGUUAUUAAAUCUCAUUCCUUCUACUUGUAAUUUUAUGCUGAAUCGCAGAGUAGACAAAUUAAUUAUUCAUGCAGCUGUAUGUUUAUAUUUAAUGUCUAAAUCAAAUCCUAAAGAGAGUGAUUGCUGAUUUCAGGCAGGUGAUACAUAUGUUGGUAUGUAGGACUUGCCUCCUAGUACUCUGUUACCUGUGGGUUGUGUUACACUAUUCAUCUUUGUUUUGUGGAAACAUUUCAUGCUUAAGCUUAACAGGAGUAAAAGCAGGUCAUCUUCAAAACUGAAGAACUAUGAAUUCUCAAGAUUCCCAAAAGAUUACACUCUAAACUUUUAAAUUUAAGUUUAUGCUGCUUUUUAUAAAGAAACACUACAUUCACACUGUUUAAUUUUAUAUCCCGAGAUACAUCCACUUGCUUUGUCCAAGGCUCCACUGCAAAUCUACCAAAUUUGAUAAAAAACUGUCCAGAGCGUGAUUCCUAGCAUGACGUUGAUAGCAUGAAUAUUUGCUCAUGCAUAUUUACAUUGCAGAUAAAGUCACAGUAAUUACGCUGCCAUAUUAGUCUAUUACAGUUUGUGAACAUGCAUGCCCUCUGUUUAAUAAUAGCCUGUGUUCCUGUACUAUCAUGACUGUGCAAAUUCAAAGCCUGAAUGUAUCUCUGGAUUUAUGUAGAUAUAUGUAAUCUGCGCUCUGUGCAUGUCUAUGUGUCUACACAAACAUCUAUUUUAGAAUGGGUUGUACAUAUAGCUGAUCAUUCAUGAAAUAUACAUGUAUUCUUGUUUUUAUUUAUCAUACUGGAUAGGUGAUGUUUUGUAUUUUAUCUUUAAGUUGUAAAUAUCAUAUUUGCAUUUAACUUGGCAUGUACUACUAAUGAUUCAGAUCAGAGUUAAAGAAUUCAAGGUUAUGUGCGGAGAGGACCAAAUGGAUUAUCCAAAUUGAUACAUAGUAUCUUGUCGUCAUUUCAGUUCUUGACUCUCAGAGCUUUAGCUCAUACAAUUUUGGCCCUACUGGUAAAUGUAGGCUGUACAUGAA